AAUCGCUAGCCCUCAGUUUUUCCCCCUGCCUCGUCCGCCUCCUCAGGAAAAUGGGUCGUGUCAUCCGAGCUCAGCGUAAGGGUGCCGGAUCGGUAUUCAAGGCGCACACCCACCACCGCAAGGGUCCGGCUCGCUUCCGCAGUCUCGAUUUCGGCGAGCGGAAUGGUUACCUUAAGGGUGUUGUCACCGAGAUUAUCCACGACCCUGGUCGUGGUGCUCCUCUAGCCCGUGUUGUUUUCCGCCACCCCUUCCGCUACAAGAAGCAGAAGGAGCUGUUUGUUGCUGCUGAGGGUAUGUACACCGGCCAGUUCGUGUACUGUGGCAAGAAGGCUACUCUUGUGGUGGGAAACGUCUUGCCCCUCAGAUCUAUCCCUGAAGGUGCUGUUGUCUGCAACGUCGAGCAUCAUGUGGGUGACCGUGGUGUCCUUGCUAGGGCCUCCGGUGAUUAUGCUAUUGUUAUCAGCCACAACCCCGAUAAUGAUACCACCAGGAUCAAGCUUCCAUCUGGUGCAAAGAAAAUUGUUCCAAGUGGUUGCAGAGCAAUGAUUGGUCAGGUUGCAGGUGGAGGGAGGACUGAGAAACCUCUUCUUAAGGCUGGAAAUGCUUAUCACAAGUACAGAGUGAAGAGGAACUGCUGGCCUAAGGUGCGUGGUGUGGCAAUGAAUCCAGUUGAGCAUCCUCAUGGUGGGGGUAACCACCAGCAUAUUGGUCAUGCCAGCACUGUCAGGCGUGAUGCUCCUCCUGGCCAGAAGGUUGGUCUCAUUGCUGCAAGGAGAACUGGUAGGCUCAGAGGACAAGCUGCUGCAACUGCUUCUAAGGCUGAUAAGGCUUAGGCUUAAGUCAUUACUUCUUUGUUUUUGUCAUUUUACUCUUAGUAAGUCAUUACUUCUUUGUUUUUGUCAUUUUACUCUUAGUUUCAUAACUAAGAUUGUUAUCUAGCACAUUAUGGUAGAAUUUUUGUUCCAUUUUAAUUCUGAGAUAGUUGUUUGUUCCUAUGAAUGGGUUUGGAUUGUGGACAGAUCUUUUUUGGAGUUCAAUUCUAUGUUUUGGAAUGGGGUGAUGUUAUAGGGA